AUGGCGACGCCGGAAGCAGAAGAUACGCGGGCCUUCACCUGCCCCAUAACAUUGGAGUUGAUGACCGAUCCCGUGGUUGCAAGCGACGGCAACACAUAUGAGCGCGCGGCAAUUGAAGAUUGGAUGCGCCGGGACAAGCGGUCGCCGCUCACGCAGGAGAUGCUGAGGGAUGAGCUCACCCCUAACCGAAACCUGAGGGAUGCCCUUGAGGCCUACAUCAGGGCAGCGCAGCAGCAAGGCAGCCAGCGACAAGGCCAUCGUGGCGACGGCGACGGCGACCAGGAGGAAUCAGGCACACGUACACCAACGCCCACGUCCUCCACAUCACCGCUCACAGCGGGCAGUGCUGCAACUGCAUCGCGCGUGCCCCUGGCAAUGACGCCGGAGCAGCCUUCCUCCUUGCGCACCAUCCGGCCCAAGGCGCUGGCGCUCCUUGAUCGCCUGACGGAUGUCAGCUCGGGCAUCGACUGGAGCCCGCCGCAGAUUGUCAUCCUCGGUGGCGAGAACCAUGGCAAGAGCACGACCAUGGAGCGGCUGCUUGGCCUGCCCAUCUUCCCGCGCGACCGCGAGCUGUGCACCCGCGUGCCCAUUCGCGUGCAGCUGCGCCGCGGCGUUGCGCAGGCGCCCACCAUCACCCGCCGGGAAGUCCAGGAGGGCGACAGCACGACCACACCCCACGACCAGCGGCGCACAGGGGGUGGCAGCAGUGCGCAGGGCACACACCGCCCGCAGCACUUCACCGUGCAGCAGAUGCUGACGCAAGUACGGCAGCACAUGAAGGACAUCUUGGAGCAGCUCAACGCGGAGGGUGCACCCGGCGACGAACCACACGGCGUGUCGCUGCACCACGAGAUUGUGGUGCGUCUGCAAGGGCCCACCUACCCGGAAAUGGACCUCGUUGACCUGCCCGGGCUGGUGGAGACGAGCGCUACAGAGCCAAGCAUGCCCGAGCACACGCGCAAGCUGACCAGCCGCUACCUCUCCGCCCAUGGCGACCACUCCAUGUUCCUGGUGGUGCUGGACGCGUGCCUGGCGAUGAACCAGGCGCGCGCGCUGAGCCUCAUCCAGGAACACAACCUCCUCGACUCGUGCAUGGGCGUGCUGACCAAGUGCGACCUGGUGCGCACGGAGAGCGACGACGAGACCGUUGCGGACGUCAUCAACGAAAAGUUGAACCCGGCCAACCGGUCCCACGUGCCCAUGGGCUACGGGUGGUGCCUGCUUGCCAGUCGCUCCUCGCCCAAGUUUGACCCCACCGCCGUGCGCGGUGCAGAGUACCUGCAAACGCUCAAGACGGUGCAGGUGAACGAGCGCAAGCGGUUCGAAAGCAACGUGGAUCUGGAGGGCGUGCAGCCCGUGUGGGGCAUCGACUACAUGUGCCGCCGCCUGUGUGACAAGUACACGCAGUAUCUGUACGAGCACUGGACCCCGCAGGCCAUUGCCCGCCUCUCCACCAAGCUCGACGCCCUGGAGGAGGACGUGCGUGCGCUCGGCAUCCCCUUUGUCAAACCCCCAUCCCCACGCCAACAGCAGCAACAGCAGCAGCAGCAGCAGCAGGGUGAAGGGGGCAGCACGAGUGGUGGAGACGGUGCCAGCAGUGGCGCCGAUGGUGGUGGCGGUGGUGGUGGCGGUGGCGAUGAUGAUGAUGAUGCGGAUGUGUCGCUGCCGUGCUUCGCGCCGCAUGUGGAUGUGAUGGGUGCGGUUGAGCUUGAGGGCUCCCUUCGCGCCCAUUUGCAGCGCCAGCUCGAAACCAAGUGCGAGUACCACGCCGUGUGCGAGAAGUGGCUGCUGCGCGCCCUGCGGCCCCUGCGAAUGGCACUGCACGUGGUCGGUGGCAGCAGCAACAACAACAGCGCCAUGUUUCUCGAUUCGUUCCAGAGCGCACGCCGCCGCGUUCACGAGCGCACAGCCACGCUGCAGGCGUCCCUGGAGACUGUGGCGGCGACCCUGCAGGGGGCGCUCGACGCACCGUAUCACCCUGUCGCCGAGGAACUGGUGCAGACGCUGCAGUCGAGCGAUGUGUCGGCGUGGCGGCUGCAGCGGUUCACGGCGCUGGCCCAGGACAUGAAGCGGGCGCUCGCUGCGUCCCUGAGCACGUGGACGCGGGCGUGCGUGUCCGUUGUGCGCGCCGCACAGCAUUGGGUGGUGCACUGCCGCCAGCAGGUGCCCACGACGCAAGCGCUUGCUUCCACAAGCGGCAGUGGCAGCGAUGGCUCACAGGAGCCGGUGAACUGGUUCGCGUCCUUCCUUGCGUUGCAGGACCCGCAGGUGACGAGCAUGUACAACGCGGUGCUGUCGGCAUGCACGACCGCGUACGACAACACGGCCGUUGGUCUGGCCAUGCCGACGCAGAUUGACAUCACGGACGCGACAGAGAAGCAGCGCUACGUGAUUCUCGUCACCAUGAAGGAGCUGCAGAGCGCAAAGCACCAGCUCGAGGCCCUUCUCGCCACCGCCCCGCAACCAGCGGCCUGA